AUGUUAUCCAUAGCUUCCGAGUCUUGUGGAGAUGAUUUUGAGGGUUAUGCCUCUAGCAAUGGAGGGUAUGACUAUGAAGGUGACGGAGGCUAUGAGAGAGAUGACAUGAGAUAUGAACAUCACUAUUCUUACAACGAAUAUGAUGGUGAUAGUGCUCAUGAGUCAUAUGAGGAACGUGGUCGAUAUGAUCAUAACUCGUACGAGGGUGAAGAAUACUACUCCGAGGGCAAUUGUGACGCAACACCUCAUGAGGCUUAUGAAGAAGAAGGAGUAGAUGAGUAUGAAGAAGGGUCCUAUGGUGGAUACGAGCAUGAAGAGUCUCAUUCUACACACCAUGGACAUGGGGGAAAAUUGAGGUAUGCUCCUUCCUCAUACUUUCGAUAUGAACCAAUUGGUGGGAAUUUGAAAGAAUGGGAAGAAUGUGGUGAUGAUGAGCCUAGUGGCUAUGCACUUCAUGGUGAAUAUGUUUGUAAAGAUAAUGGGAUUGCAUAUAAUUCUUAUGGGGGGUCUUCUAGUAGACAGUCACAUACAUCGCCUUGUAAAGCUUCCUAUUCAAAGCAAAAUGGUAUAAGUGUGUGGAUUUGA